AUGUAUAUUGAAAGUGAAGAAAUGGAGUACUACAUUACGUCAAUAAAGAACAUGAGGAACAAUGUUCUUCAUGGUCAACUUGCAGUUACUAAUGAAAAUUAUUAUGAAAAUAUAAGAGAACUACGGGAGUUGUUAACUGGUUGUCUUAAGACAUCUGGAGAGAAGUAUUGGAGAGACCAGGAUAAAGUGAACCAAGAGAUCACACAGAUGAAUGAUGACCUGGAUCACAUUAUGAACGAGAUUCUUGGAGUGGAUGACAUACUGAAGUAUUGUGGCCACGAGCUCAAACAUCUUAUGAUUAAUGAGAGUCAUGACAAACUUAAGAAGAUCUUCCAAACAAUCAGCUACGUCAACCCGGUGUCUUUCAUCACUAGUGACUUGAAACUUAAAGUAGACAAAAUUUUUGUAGAUAUUGAGGUUAAACAUGGACAACGUGGAGGUCAAGGUCAACAUAUAAGUUAUCAACACCUUCUUAAACUUGCUCAGACUACAGCAGCACCUUCAUCUACAAGAACUUUCUCACAACAACAAGGUACAUCUACUCACCCACAUAUAAUAUUGGUUGAAGGUCUGACUGGCAGUGGCAAGACUACUCUACUGACGUUAGUAAUAGAUGAAUGGACUCAGGGAGGUCAAGGUAAUAUUAGUGGCUUAGAUAAUUACGAGCUUCUACUGUGGGUACAGUGCCGGGACCCAACAAUGACCUGCUACCAGCACCUCCUGGACAGACUGAUGCCAGAAGUUGUUAUAAAAUUCAAGGAAAUUCUUCCGAAACUGAUGAAGCUUUGCAAGAUCUUAAUUAUAAUUGACGGCCUUGAUGAAGACAAUGACAGUUCUAGAACACUAGUUCAGAGUCUACUGCAAGAAUUUAAGUACUGUUCUAAUAUUGCUUUUCUGUGCACUUCACGACCAGAAAAAAGACUGACCAACCAUCAAGAUGCAAAGUAUAUGGAUGACAGGAAAUUAAAGGGUAACAUUAACAAUGUUUUGAUAACAAUAUACAAGACAGCGCUAGAAAGUCUUUCAGUUGAUCAGUUAAACCUUGAGGAACAAACUGUAGAUAAACUGAUAUCUGCCUGUGAUGAUUUGUGUUUACCUUAUAAAGAAGUGUUGUCAGCGUUCCUUUGUUUAAGACCAACUUGGACGAUGCUGGGGAUCAAGGAGCAGUACUCAGCUCCUCACAAGGGAAUACAAGACUGCUUCGCUGCUCUCUAUAUUGUCAACAAUCUUAAUAACCCACAGUAUUCUACACCUACACCUGCCUCUGCUACACGUGCUUCAGCUACACCUGACGCACGUGUCAGUAUCAGAGGAGUGUUAGAAGAAAGCAUCAGGUCAGGUGUAGUAGACAUGAACAAGUACCUGAAUGUUCUGAUACAUGUGGCUGGGCUGCUGCACCUUGUACUAGAAAAGGUACCUGACACACCAGCACGGGAAGUGGUUCAUCUCCUGCAUGAGUCUGGUAUGAGAGACAAUGACCAGUGGCUCGACCUCCUUGACAAUGCUAAAAUGUCUCCAGCAAUUGUCAAAGAAAUACCUUACUUCUUCAAUACUGAAGAAACAAUUGACGUACGUGAUAGACGGAAAGAUCUUCCAAGAAUCAGCUACGUCAACCCGGUGUCUUUCAUCACUAGUGACUUGAAACUUAAAGUAGACAAAAUUUUUGUAGAUAUUGAGGUUAAACAUGGACAACGUGGAGGUCAAGGUCUGACUGGCAGUGGCAAGACUACUCUAGUGACGUUAGUAAUAGAUGAAUGGACUCGGGGAGGUCAAGGUAAUAUUAGUGACUUAGAUAAUUACGAGCUUCUACUGUGGGUACAGUGCCGGGACCCAACAAUGACCUGCUACCAGCAACUCCUGGACAGACUGAUGCCAGAAGUUGUUAUAAAAUUCAAGGAAAUUCUUCCGAAACUGAUGAAGCUUUGCAAGAUCUUAAUUAUAAUUGACGGCCUUGAUGAAGACAAUGAAAGUUCUAGAAGACUUGUCCAGAGUCUAUUGCAAGAAUUUAAGUACUGUUCUAAUAUUGCUUUUCUGUGCACUUCACGACCAGAAAAAGUUGAGAACUUCAGUAGAACAAUCCCUGCAGAAUAUACUGUGCAACAUGCAACACUACAUGGUAUAUCUAGGACAAAUGUGGAACAAUUUGUGCGUCUGAACCACCAGGAGAUAACCAAACAAACAGGGAAUAACAGAAAUACUGAUGAACUGGUAAAAAAAGUGAUAAAGAUAGAAGAACUUCAUGAUCACUUAAGAUUACCAAUGAAUUUGAUUCUCAUGAUAUACAUCUGGGACCCUGACCCUGACCAGCUAAACUUAACAUCUGUCACUCACACGAAGCUAUAUUAUAAUAUUCAUGAACUGUGUAAACACAAGUUAAUACACAGACUGACCAACCAUCAAGAUACAAAGUAUAUGGAUUACAAGAAAUUAAAGGGUAACAUUAACAAUGUUUUGAUAACAAUAUACAAGACAGCGCUAGAAAGUCUUUCAGUUGAUCAGUUAAACCUUGAGGAACAAACUGUAGAUAAACUGAUAUCUGCCUGUGAUGAUUUGUGUUUACCUUAUAAAGAAGUGUUGUCAGCGUUCCUUUGUUUAAGACCAACUUGGACGAUGCUGGGGAUCAAGGAGCGGUACUCAGCUCCUCACAAGGGAAUACAAGACUACUUCGCUGCUCUCUAUAUUGUCAACAAUCUUAAUAACCCACAGUAUUCUACACCUACACCUGCCUCUGCUACACUUGCUUCAGCUACACCUGACGCACGUGUCAGUAUCAGAGGAGUGUUAAAGAAAGCAUCAGCACGGGAAGUGGUUCAUCUCCUGCAUGAGUCUGGUAUGAGAGGCAAUGACCAGUGGUUCGACCUCCUUGACAAUGCUAAAAUGUCUCCAGCAAUUGUCAAAGAAAUACCUUACUUCUUCAAUACUGAAGAAACAAUUGACGUACGUGAUAGACGUGUGAGAAGCUACGCUGCUCUCUUACCACACCUCAGCUCCUGCAAGGCAUUUACCCUUAUGCACAAUAUAUACAAUAGUUUGGAAAAUAAGUGUAUCACGGUGGUCAAGAGGCAAGACAACAGCCAGAGACAAGAGACAACCGUGAUCAACCAGCAGCUGUAUGAAUCUGACAAGAGCUAA